UGGUCACCUACUCCAGAGAGAAUCGGAACAAUGUCCUACGUUUUUGUAAACGACUCUUCCCAGACAAAUGUGCCUCUGCUGCAGGCUUGCAUUGAUGGAGAUUUUAACUACUCCAAACGACUGUUGGAGAGUGGUUUCGACCCAAAUAUUCGCGACAGCCGGGGCCGAACUGGCCUUCACCUUGCUGCAGCCAGAGGAAAUGUAGACAUCUGUCAGCUCUUGCAUAAAUUUGGUGCUGACUUACUGGCCACUGAUUACCAAGGUAACACAGCCCUUCACCUGUGUGGGCAUGUGGAUACCAUCCAGUUCCUGGUUUCUAAUGGGCUUAAAAUUGAUAUUUGCAAUCACCAAGGUGCAACACCGCUUGUUCUUGCAAAACGAAGGGGUGUGAAUAAAGAUGUGAUCAGGCUGCUGGAAUCUUUAGAAGAGCAAGAGGUGAAAGGAUUCAACAGAGGAGCUCACUCAAAGCUGGAAACGAUGCAAACUGCUGAAAGCGAAAGUGCGAUGGAAAGCCAUUCCCUCCUUAAUCCAAACCUACAGCAAGGUGAAGGAGUUCUUUCCAGUUUCCGCACGACAUGGCAAGAGUUUGUGGAAGACCUGGGCUUCUGGAGGGUGCUGCUCCUCGUCAUCGUCAUCGCUCUUCUGUCGUUGGGAAUAGCAUACUAUGUUAGCGGGGUGCUUCCUUUUGUGGAAAACCAGCCUGAACUGGUGCACUGAAGCAAAUGCAAAGAAGUGCACCGUGCUUUUUCCCUCUUGUAAUCUUAUUUUGAGCUUCUUGGAAUUAUUCUCUCGGUGCAGGCAGUGGCAGCUGUAUAUAUACUGUUUGCCUUUUGUGCUAAUUAUUAACCCUUUUGAAAGAGGGAUUCAUUCAUUUCAAGUAAAACACUAAAUUCUAAAGCAUUCUUAAGCUACCUCUGACUUACCUUGACUUGCAAGCAAGAUGUGAAGAUAAUCCUCUCUGUUGAUAAAAUAUUAUGAUUAGAAAAGACCUUUCAUAGUGAGUAAAUUCCUGGGCAUGAAAAAUGUAUCCUGGUACAGAACCACAUUUGAUUUAUUUUCCCUAUGAAGAGAGGUAAAUCUGUUGUUGCUUUUUUUAU